GCGGCCGCCGCGCUCUGCGCGGGCGCGGGCGCGGGCGCGGCGGCGGCGAACAGCCGGCGCCGCGGCACGUGGAGCCUGCGGCCCUGCACGGACGCGGACUGGCGGUUCUCGAUGGGCACCUGCAGUGCUGCAGGCAAGCGCAACGUCUACGCCUACGAAGUCAGGGACGCCUGGAGCGGAAAAAUGCCCGCGUGCAACUCGACGCACAUCAACAGCCGGCGCAUGCCGCCCCCGCUGUUGAACCAGUCUUGCAAUCAGCAUUGCCCCGCCGGCACGCGGCUCGGCGUCAGCCUCGUCAACGAGAGCAACGGGAGCGACCACUCUCGCAGGGCCGAGGCCGUCCAGGGCCCGGUGCCCAUGCAGUUCCAGCCGGGCGCGGCGAUGCGGCAGAGCUGCGAGACUUGCCCGCCUGGCCGCUUCUCGCUGGGGGGCGGCUACCUGGUUUCAGGCGUCGCGGGCGACUGGCGCCGGCCGUGGCCCGCGGAGCUGCAGUCCGUGUGCACCUACUUCGGCAGGGACGGCGCGCUGCGCCAGGGCAGCGUGCGCAGGCCGCCCUGCACCGUCAGGGUGAUGAGCCCGGAACAUGUCGCCGGGGCUUACGAGGCCCAGCCGGCGGCGUGGAUCGCAGGCAGUGCCCUCGCCAAGCGCGGCGACGGCGGGCGCAUGGUGGGCGAGCUCGAGCGCGCGCCCGACGGGGGCUUGGCAUGCCGGCCGAGCGGUAGCGCCGCCACGAGGCGGCGGCGCACGGACAAGGAGACGCCCCUGAUCUACCUCGCGCGCAGGGGCGGGUGCUCCGACGAGGUGAAGGCCCACAACGCGAAGGCGGCGGGCGCUGCCGCCAUUAUCGUCGGCGAGGCCCUGCACUUCUGGCACCCCACCAGCUCGGACGGGGUCGACCACGACCACCCCUCGAUGAUUCCGCUGUACUACGUGGCUGUCGAGGAAGAGGAGACCCUUGCCGCCGUGCUCGACCAGAAGCAAACUGUCACCGUGAACAUGUCAGCCGACUCUUGCGUUCCCAAGGUGGUGGACGCCAGCCUCCGCGUCGAGACCAGCGAGGAACUCGGCUGCGAGCCCUGGGUCGCGGACGCCGCGGGGCGCUUCGUCCACUCGGGCGACAACCGGCGGUUCAACCACAUGAUCUCGACCCUGUCGCUGUCGGUCCACAUGGUCAAGGACGGGUACGUCUCAUUCCGUUACGCCGUCGAUGCGGAGCAGGAGUUCGACGGCUUCUCCUUCGAGGUGGACUGGAACACCGUCCUCGAGAAGAUCUCCCAGCAGAAGACCUACGCAGACUACCGCGUCAACCUGACGAAGGGCGACCACACCCUGCGGUGGCAGUACACAAAGGACUACGGGAACUACGUCGGCGAGGAUCGCGCUUGGGUGCAGGUGAUCGAGGUGGUGGGCACGCAACAUUCCGACCUGGUCUGCCGGGAGUGCCACAGCGCCAACACGCACAGCAUGAGCGGCGCCUCGCGGUGCAACGCGUGCGGGCGGGACCAGUACUUGGAGCACCGAUCCAUCAACUUGGAGCAGUGCUUGGACUGCCCCGCUGGCAAGUGGUCCAGCCCCGGGAGCGUGAGCUCGACGUCCUGCAGGGACAGGAUGCCCUGCAGCGCGUCGGACGUGGAUGUGACGUACACGCCCUGCGAGCAAGAGCAGCGGCACCGCCAGCGCGUGUGGCGCGAGCCGGUCACCUGCCUGACGGACGCGCCCAACGCGUCUUCGCUCCUUGAGGUGUCCGGGGAGCCCGUGCCCUGCGAGCCGUGCCAGCCCAACGAGUACCGCCCGUACCGCUCGGAGUGCAAGCCAGUCGAGUGGAUAUCCUGCAGCCCUGGGCACUACAUGAGUUUGGAGCUCUCCGUCAGCCACUGGCAGAGUUGGUUCAGGAACUUCAGCCACGCGAUCUGGACCCGCCAGGGCACCCUGGUCACCAGCGGGGAGGCCGCCGGCAGCGGCCAGGGCUGGCGCCUGCACGACGAGGGCCGCUUCGCCCUGGCCGGCGACGCCUCCAUCGCCACGGCCGUGGCCGGCGAGGAGCACGAUGACCACGACGACGACGGCGAGCACGGGGCGGACUUCCUCCCGCCAGCGCCGAUUUCGCCCUUCCAGAUGGUCGGAGGCGGGGUGCAGAGCUACGGCGACGCCAUGCUCCACCUGGACGUGGAGAUCGUGAUGCCCGGGCAGGUCACCUUCCACUGCGAGGUCUUCCCGCAGGAGGCUUGGAGCCAGGAGGCGCAGUUCCUGGUGGACGCCACCCUCCCGGAGCGCCUCACGGCCAGCUGGCUCUCCCCGGGGCACCUGGUCGCCACCGUGCCGCUGCUCGAGGGCGUGCACCGCCUGACGUGGCUGUGGCAGUACCGGGAGGC